AUGAGGUGCAGUUGCUGCAAUACCAAUAAGAUUCUCUAUGAUAUCCUUUUGAUGUUCAUGAUCUUUGCUUGUGUUCCAACUUCUGCCAACGAAGUGGAUCUCUUUGCUCUACUCGACUUGAAAAGAAAAGUACUCAAAGAUCCACUCAAAAUCAUGAGUUCUUGGAACGAUUCCAUGCAUUUCUGUGACUGGAUUGGUGUUAUUUGCAAUUCCACCAUCGGAAGAGUUGUGGUUUUGGAUUUGGAAGCUCAAAGUCUGGGUGGUUCCAUACCGCCUUCUUUGGGAAAUCUAACUUAUCUCACAGAAAUCAGAUUUGGAGACAACAACUUCUACAGUCAGAUUCCUCAAGAGUUUGGUCGGCUACUACAACUGCGUCAUCUCAAUUUGUCCCAUAAUGAUUUUGAUGGUGAGAUUCCGACGAAUAUAAGUCAUUGCACAAAACUACUUGUUCUAGACCUUACUGUCAAUGGGUUGGUAGGUCAAAUUCCACACCAGCUCUCCACGUUAACCAUGUUGGAACAACUCAGUACUUCUCUCAUUGAUUUGUCGCUUACUCAAAAUGGACUCCAAGGACUCCUACCACCAAAUAUUGGAUCCAACCUUCCCAAUCUUCAGUUCUUUUUAGCUGGUAUCAACAACUUCAGUGGGCCAAUUCCCACGUCCUUUGCUAACAUCUCCCGUCUUCAGAUAUUAGAUAUCUCUGUGAAUAGUCUCACUGGGAUUCUACCCAAUAACCUAGGGAGCUUAAGAGAGUUGGAAGCGCUCAAUUUUGAAGACAACAAUCUUGGAAAUGGAAAAAUUGGUGACUUAAAUUUUAUCAAUUUCUUGGCUAAUUGUACUGGUUUACAGGACCUGGGUCUAAGCCAUAAUGAUCUUGGAGGACCAUUGCCUCCAUCUAUUGGGAACCUCUCAGACCAGCUGAAAAGGCUAACUUUAGGCGAAAAUGUGUUAAGUGGAAGCAUCCCGAUUGAGAUCGAAAACCUGAUUAACUUGCAGAUUCUUGGGAUGGAAUAUAACUAUGUGAAUGGCAGUAUCCCUCCCAAUAUUGGGAAGCUUCAGACGUUGGGGGUUCUAUACUUGAACGAUAACAAGUUAACUGGACCAAUUCCAUCCUCCAUUGGUAACUUGUCUUUGCUCACUAAACUUUUCAUAGACCGUAACAAACUGGAGGGAAGUAUAGCACCAAGUUUAGGACAAUGCAAAAGCUUGCUAGCUCUUGAUCUAUCUCAUAACAACCUAAGCGGUUCCAUACCCAACAAAGUUAUUGGUCUCUCUUCCAUUUCAAUCUCUUUGGCCUUGAAUAAUAACUCACUUUCUGGUCCAUUGCCAAAUGAAGUGGGUCAGUUGGUUAAUCUAGCAUUUUUGGAUGUAUCAGAUAACAAAUUAUCAGGUAAUAUUCCCAGCAACCUUGGUAAAUGUAUUAGCAUGGAGCGUCUGUAUCUUGGAGGUAAUCGAUUCGAGGGAUUUUUUCCUCAAUCUUUGAAUGCCUUGAAAGGCUAGAAGAAUUAAAUCUCUCAAGGAACAACUUGUCUGGGCAGAUUCCUCAAUUUCUUUGCAACCUUCUCUCGCUCAAGUAUCUCAAUCUAUCUUAUAAUAACUUUGAGGGAAAAGUGCCCAAACAAGGGGUUUUCUCCAAUUCGACCAUGUUUUCUAUCAUUGGGAAUAAUAAUCUAUGUGACGGUUUACAAGAAUUACAGUUACCUCAGUGCCCACCUAACCAAACUCAGUCAUCCAACAACUUCCUAGCACCAAAGGUGUUCAUCCCCAUAGUUUCCAUAGUCACAUUUACCGUUGUUCUUUUGAGCAUAACUUUUGUGUGUUUUGUGCUCAUGAAGUCGAGGAAGAAAACUUCAACUUCAUCUUCCACCAAGGGUUUUCUACCCCAAAUUUCUUACUUAGAACUCAGCAAAUCAACCAAUGGAUUCUCUGUGGACAAUUUGAUUGGUUCAGGUAACUUUGGUUCUGUAUAUAAAGGUGUUUUUUCAAAUGAUGGGUUGAUCGUGGCCAUUAAGGUUCUAAACCUUCAACAACACGGUGCUUCCAAGAGUUUUGUGGAUGAAUGCAAAGCUCUCAUGAGUGUACGACAUUGAAAUCUUCUUAAGAUCAUAACUUCAUGCUCUAGUAUUGAUGUACAAGGCAAUGAAUUCAAAGCUUUAGUCUUUCCCUUCAUGUCCAGCGGAAAUUUGGAUUCUUGGCUUCACAUUGCAAAUCAUGAACGCAAUCGAAGAAGGUUGAGUCUUAUCCAGAGAUUGGAUAUUGCCAUUGAUAUUGCUAAUGCAUUAGAUUAUCUCCAUAAUCAUUGUGAAACGUCUAUUGUGCAUUGUGAUCUAAAGCCUAGCAAUGUAUUGCUUGACGAUGAUAUGGUGGCCCAUGUUGGAGACUUUGGGUUGGCCAGAUUCAUGUUGGAAGGAAAAAAUCAAUCCUCUUUCACUCAAACGAUGUCACUUGUGUUGAAAGGUUCAAUCGGAUACAUCGCACCAGAGUAUGGUACUGGUAGUAGAGUUUCCACGGAAGGAGAUAUCUUUAGUUUUGGUAUACUGCUGUUGGAAAUGAUUAUUGGAAGAAGGCCUACUGAUGACACAUUUGGUGAUGGUGUGGAUAUUCAUAUGUUCGCAGAAGUGGCAUUGCUUGAUGAUGCUUUGAACAUAGUCGACCCUUACCUGUUAUAUGAAGAAGUAUAGCAACAAGAAGAAGAUAAUGAAUACAUGAUGCAAGAAAUAAUGAUAAUGAGUAAGGAAGAUUGUAGAAAUGUUGUACCAAGAUGGAUGGAAGAAUGUCUAAUCUCAGCCAUGAGAAUUGGCUUGAUUUGCUCCUCAAGAACACCUAGAGAGAGAAAAUCUAUGGAUGUUGUUGUUAAUGAAUUGCAAACAAUCCGAAGCUCCUAUCUCAAAAUUUAAAGAAGACAAACCACAGGUUCAACAGAUACUUGUACUUCAGCAAGCUUGAGCGGCGAGUGACUAUAUUUGGCUACCAAGCGACAUAUUCUUACUCAAAAACGAAAAUAUUUGGCUCCUCAAUGUUAAGGACCAAAUCUUGUCCUCACCAUAUUUGAAAAAUUGACAACUCAUUGAAUUUUAUAAAAAAAGUCUCUCUUUUUACAUCUCUUAGUGGUGAAAUAUUCAUAUAGGAGUCGAAUUUUUUCCACUGAAAAAUCUACAAGUAUAGUCCUCACGUUUCAAGAGACAUUUCAAGAAACAGACCAACCCUGUUAUUUAAUAGUAUACUAUAUUUCACACCGC